UCUCGUUAAGUCACGUGGUGUUAUCGAUUGCGAAAUGGUUAGGUACAGACGAAGUCGGAUAUAGAUAAACACAAUGGACGAACAGGUUGACUUAAAUACUGAGAUCGAAGAGAUAAAGUUGGGCAUACGGCGACUCGAGGCAAACAUAAACAGGGUUUUACAGUGUGGAUCAGAUUGUCCUUGUUGCAGCCAAACGAAAAGUUUACGGACAGAUUUGGAUGCUGUUUCGUCACGCCUUGACGACCUGAAAGCUACGACAGAUGGCAUUCUGUCAUUUGAGAAGAGACUUAUAGAGAUGCAGACGAAAAUGUCCGAACUACAGAACAUAAUAAUUGCGUUGCAGACGGACCACGAUAACAAAGAAGAUACCUCAAAAAUAGAACGAAAACGAUCUGAGGUUGAGACUCGUCAAGAAGCACAUACAUCGACUUUUUUAGGGAAAUCGGGACAGCACGACAGAUGCACUGAAAACUCUGCAACAUCAGGAGCCGAAAAGAAUACAUCAACUCUAACCCCCGUGCAAACGAGCAUGCAAUCAAAUGAAUCGAGUAACGAUCACACCCAUGCUAGCUCAAUCCCACGUGGCAUAGGCAUGACAGCGAUAAAGCAACCGCAACGAAAAGUGUUCCAGGAGCUAGAUGCGUGGAUAUUGAUGUCACAAAGUGAACUCGACAUUGCUAGAUUGCUUACGGGUGAUAUAGAGGGUGUGGUGACAGUGUUGUUAAUAGACAUAUCGGAAAGCAUGGCGGAGGGUGAGGCGUGGGUACAGGCCAGGACUUUCGUCAUGGAUUAUUCUACAGGUUUGAAAGAAGUUCGAAGUUUUGAAGGUGCUAGUGACCUCAAAGAUGAGUACAUUGCAAUUGCAACAUUUGGGCACGAAACAAGAUUGCAAGUAUAUUUAACAUUGGAAUACGACACCAUUGUUAAAUACAUAGAUCAUGUCAGAUUGGGUGGUCCAAGUCCAUUGUAUGGCGGAUUUUGGAUGGCAAUGGCUGGGUCAGCCGCAGGCAGGUCCUUCACAACUAAUGGCAUUUUAGUUGUACCAAAAAUUAUCGUCAUUAGCGACUAUCGACCAACUGAAACCCUUUUAAUAAUGGGGCCCGACAUUCCAAAUGAAGAAACUAUCGACGAGAGCAUGACUGACAUCGUGUCCAUAUUGGGAGAAAUGAAUAAAACUAACAAAUCAGUGUUCUUCGUAGCUGUAGGAGACUUUAACAAAGACUUUGUCGACGUGCUAAAGUCCAUCGACAAAAAGGUGUACAGAUACACGGACGGGCAAAGACUCGCAAAACGUUACUUCCUUUCUACCAUUGCCGCUUCUUUUGAUUUCGGGGCAUUCCUGUUUGACCGCAGAAGAAGCCCAUACAUGUCGAGUGAAGAUCGGGCAGACAUGCAAGAUAUUCGAAUGGAGUCCCAUUGGCGUACGCAGAUGAUCCAAGAGCAUAGGGAUCCAAAAAUAUUGUAUCAUGAAAGUUCGAGUACAACAUUACCCAAGAUUGGUUCGCGCGUACGACGCGGACCAGAUUGGUGCAAAAAUGAUCAGGACGGGAAUGGGCCUGGGACAGUAGUCGGGCAUUCCGAGGAAGAUUCACGUGUGUGGGUUAACUGGGAUGUGGAUAGUAAAUAUCUCUUUCCUCAAAACUACGGAGAAAAUGGAUAUGACGUACUAGUAACAGGAGAGCAGCGAACGUUGAAACCAGGAGAGAAAAUCGCUGUGGGAUGCACAGUGAAGCCAGGCCGAGGCUGCCAAUACCAAGGUUUUCGCGAGUGGAACACUGGUGUCGUCAUUCGAGUCCAACCACCUAAAGCUCACGUUCGAUGGGACAGCGGAUCUCGUGGUGACUAUAGUUAUGGAGAGGAUGGAAAAUACGAAAUAGAAAUCUGCACAUUGACAAAUGAUGAAACCUCUGGGGUGGCACAUACUCCUGUGCCAGCGAGACAUACUGGUAAACAUGGAGUGAAUCCCGAACAGAGCACGCGGAAAAACAAAAACAAAAAUGAUUGACAGCUCCGUAUAUAUAUCCAAUAGGGAUAUUUAUUAAUAGACACGGACAAUAACACACUCUUACACUUUUGCUUGAAAUUGCUUUUAUAAAGUUUGUCUAUAUUAUCAAAUAUUGUGUUUCUAUACAAAACAACUGUAUAUUGAUGCCAAAAACAAACCACGUAGUCCUUUUGAAAUAAACUUUGUACAUUCAAGCUAUGAAUAUAAGAACUAUUCAUCAAAGUUGCAUGCGAAUACAAAAAUAAUAUGAUGUAAACAAAUAGAUUUUACUUAAUUUUGUUAACAGUAUUUUGAACAAAUAACUGUAAUAUUAUUUGAUGUGCCAUACAUGUGUUGACAACUUGUCUUUCACGUGCCACACAACAUUUCAUCAAAUAAAAUUGUUUAAUUUGUU